UUCUUUUAUUAACUUACUUUGUCCUCCCUAAUUAUAUUUUCAUAUCAAUCAAUUACAUUUGAUAAAGUGUAUUGUUUUGUGUAUGCAGAUCUUAGAGAUUAAUUUAUAAUCAUGGUGUAGCUUACAUUGUUUAAAAGCACUAACUAUUACUUGCUGGACACCUGGUGUGUGUGAGAAAUGGGAAACCUGCUGGUCCCAGAUCAGUGAGGAUCAUUGGGGGAGGAGAGAGAGACAGGGAGAGAGGGAGAGACAGAGGAGAGAGAAGUGUAUCCUGCAGCAGUCAUUCUAAGACAGAGUGCAGGGAAGGAGCCUGAGGACAUGUAGUGCAUCAUUUCCCAGAGAGGCGAUGUGUGACUCCAUAGAGCGCCGUCGUGGGCAGACGUGGCCCCGGGGCCCCUUCAGUGUCAGGUAGCCCGUAGCCGAAGGAAACAACCUCUGAUGGCUCAAAAUGCCCAGCGGCGGCGGUGAUGGAUGGAAAUCAAAAGUUGUGAAACACUAUGAAGGCAACACAUCCAGCAUCUGAGGAUCAGUGGGCGCCGCAGUGAGAGCCAUGGAUCAUUUUUUCCGGAGGAAGCGCGUGGGUCUGCUGAAGCCUCUGCUCAGCCUGUCCCUCGUCUUCGCCUCUUUCCUCAUGAUCCACAAGCUGAAAGUGGCAGAGAAGGACGCAGUGGGAUUAAAACAUGUCAGGGACACGCCGUGGUGUGGCCCCGAUUGUUUUUCCUACAAGAAAAGGAUCGUAAAAAACAGUUUGGGGAGCUCGGAUUUGCCGGUGCUUAGCAACACAGUGGACGCGCAGCGGGUCUCCAACAAGACCCCGGCUUCCUGGGACGCGCAGGUUCUCAACUGCAGCGAGGACGCGUCGGUGCGGACGCAGGACUGGUUCAAGCGUUUGGACCCGAGGUUCCACCAGUUUGUCCUGCACAGACACUGCAGGUACUUCCCCAUGCUCAUCAACCACCCGGAGAAGUGCGCGCGUGGAGAGGCGCACAUCCUUAUGGUGAUUAAAUCCGUCAUCGAGCAGCACGAUCGCCGGGAGGCUGUGCGUAAAACAUGGGGAAAGGAACACACUGUGGAUGGGAAGAGAAUCAAAACGUUAUUUCUUCUGGGGAGCCCAACGACUGGGAAGGACACUAAGAACCUCCAGAAACUGAUCGAGUACGAGGACAGGAUCUACGGGGACAUCCUGCAGUGGGACUUCAUGGACACCUUCUUUAAUUUGACCCUGAAGGAGGUCAACUUCCUCAAAUGGUUCGACAUCUACUGCUCCGAUGUGCAGUUUAUAUUCAAAGGAGAUGACGACGUGUUCGUGAACACGCAGAACUUGGUGCAGCUCAUCGACUUCAAGGUGGAGGAUCACAAAGAGGCCAAUUUGUUCGUGGGGGACACCAUCUCCAAGGCGAUCCCCAUCCGAAACCGGCAGAGUAAAUACUACAUCCCCAGAGAGCUGUAUGAUAAGCCAUAUCCACCUUAUGUUGGAGGCGGAGGGUUCCUCAUGUCCUCCAAGCUGGCCAGGAGGCUCUUCGUGGUCUCCGAGGACCUGGAGUUGUACCCCAUUGACGAUGUGUUUUUGGGCAUGUGCCUGCAGAAGCUGCACUUGGUCCCGGAGAUGCACCCGGGCUUCAGGACAUUCGGCAUCACCAGGCGCAAGGUGAGCUCCAUGAACAGCGAGCCGUGCUUUUACAAAAACCUCAUCGUGGUGCACAAACUGAGCGUGCAGGAGCUGCUCAGGAUGUGGAACGUGGUGCACAGCGAGGGGCUCGUGUGCGCGCGUAAAGUGUCAAUAUAACUGAAAAUGUAGCCUAUAUGAAGUAAACUAAUUCACCCAAACUGAACUGAAUACACGGGAGAAUUGCGUUGUUUUUAAUGAUCAUGAUGAUCUUUACACGUCCAUACUGAAUCUGCUGAGUCAUGUUCAGGAAGGGGGGCAAACAUACAAGUUGUCAUCCUUUUUUUUAAUUUCGCAUAUUGUUCUGACGCAAUCCAAUAGCAUUUUUUUUAAACCACUAACCAAAACUCGACAGUGCGCACGCAUCCUUGGAACGUUUUUUUUCCUUCUCAUUCUUGGUGCCAUUUCAGGAUCAUUCUAUAGUUUUAAUGUGAGAUCUAACAUUGAUGCUGGGAGACAUGGUUGUAAUGGUUUUAGUGCGUGUUUGUGCAGGCAUAAAUAAGACUGGACUUCUUACUUCCUUGUGUUCCUGUGACUAAAAAUGCUAAUUCUAUUGUCAAUUUCUAAUUUCAGUGUGAAUUUAUGGACUCAAAGCACACAACAAUUGCAUUCCAAGUUGAUUUAUGAUGUGGAAGGGGGCUGAAAUUGUAAAAAAAAAAAAAAUGAAAUUAUUUGAUUAUUUUAAGUUAAUAUAUUGUUUUAUUCCACCUUUUUAUGGUAUUUUCUAAGGGUCAAUGAUGUGUAUAUGAUUAGCUGAGGCAGGUCAAAAACCAAAGAAACUAAAAGGGCUGUAAUACUGUAGAUUUGUGUAUGAUAAUGUAAAUAAAACUGGGACUAUCUGUCAACU